ACAGCAACAGGAGCAGCAACCGCAACAUGGCAGCUGCUGCACGUAGCUGCAAUGGGCGUGGCCGUGCAGCUAUCGCCCUGUGGUUAAUAUUGCUGCUGGUCGGCGACAGCAGCAAUGGCCAGGCGCAAGCAGCAACAGUUGCCGCCACAGCAAGUGCAACAGCCACACAACGUUUGAAGUUUGGUGUUGCGGGCGACACUCCCACACUGAUAGCGACUACAAAGCAUGAGCAACAGCAGCGUCAGCACAGCAGCAACACCACAGCAACAACAGCAGCAACAGCAACGGCAGCAACAGCAGCAACAGUUGCUAAUGCAAGUAGCCAGUCAAUAACCACCGCAGCGCCAGCAACAACAACGACAACAACAACAACAACUGAGCAGCUGACACACUCGGUGGAUGCGGUGGUGCGGCUGCUGGACUUGGAAGUGACAGCAGCACCACCGAUUGGCAGUGGACACGAUGGACUCAAGCUGACCAAGAAGAAGCAGCUGCAGCAGCAACACUUUGCCACAGCAGCAACAGCCACCAACAAAAUGGAAAUAGAUACCACUAGCACCACCAGCACCACCAGCACCACCAGCACCACUCCAGAUAGCAGCACAGAGCCCGAGCUGUUGCCCGUGCCGAAUGGCUAUUUGGGACCCAUUUUUAUGGGCGAGAAAACGUUUAGUGUGGCUCAUCCACUGAAGAAACCACUGGCGCCCGACCACCAGGAGGUGGCACAGCGACCAUCGCAUGACGACACCAUCGAGCAGCAGCUGCGGGAGGGACGCAUCGUGGAGAUUUUAGCGCCCACAGCUCUGCUCGAAUCGAACAUUGAGAGCAGUUCGCAGCGACCGGCAACCACCACUAGCAGUACCACCACCAGCAGCAGCACCACCCUGCCGGCUGCACCACACACGCAGUCAGUACUGUCAACAACCGUCUUUCAGGUGCCGGAGCCGCAGAGCAGCACCACCCGUCUGCCCAUGGCAGCGGCUGAGAUAACGGUGGCCGGCUCAGCGGUGCUAGCGGCACCACCGCGCACCGAAUCCAAAAUAUCGGACAUACAAAUCGAGGUCUACGACUCGACCGUCGACUCGAUAGUGGCCUCCACGAAUUUCCGCGACACGCAGGGCUACUACCCGAAGCCGAUGGAGCCAGCGGUGGGCACCACCAAGCCACCUAGCUCGCCCAUGGCCCAGGAGCGCUUCACCCAAUACGUAAUCGAUCGCGCCGAUGUCUCCACCCAGCCGGCCGCCGGCAUGGGCCAGGCUGUCCCGGGCGGCGGCGUGGGCAAACCCGAGCCAGCUGCCAUCGAGAUCCACAUCAAUGUGUCGGAGGCCUUUGGCAACGAGAGCGAGGAUCUGGAGUUCUCCUAUCGCCAGCCGGCGGUCGGCGAUGCGAAGGCGGGCAAGCCCAACGAUGAGAUACUCGUCGUGGAGAUCAUCGACAACAGCACCGAGAAUAUAUCCAGCGCCAGCGCGGAGCACUUGAAUCUCAGUUCGAUGUUCAGCUAUCCGUACCACUCGGACGCACCACCGCCGGCUGUGCGUCCGCCGCAGGAUGCUGCCGACGAGCUGUUCAUGGCCGAUACGAAGGGCGGCGAUCGGGCUGGCCUGCCGAGGCCACCGCCACCGCCGCCGCCGCCGCCGCUGCCACGCAAGCCGAGCAUCGAUCGGGACUCGGACACCAUCUUCUAUAUAUCGAAUACGGAGGUCAAGGUGGGCGAGUCCCUGCCCACGGCCAGCUCCAGCAGCGAGCAGCAGCAGCGCAAGCUUCAGUUCGAGAAUCAGUUCUUUCCCGCCAGCUACAGGCAGGAUCCGUCGCAGUCGCAGUCGCAGUCGCAGCGCAGCUCAGCAGUCACAGCCCGCUAUGAGGAGGACAUUAUACUCUCGCCGCAGCAUCACACGGCCGACGCGCUAAAGAUUCUGCGCAGUCCCAGCUCCAGCUCGGAUGGAGCACCGCCGCUGGACGUGACCUAUGUGGGGGAGUCGGUGAUUGAGGUGGAGCAGCAGUCGGUGCCGCCACAGGUCGCCGCCAGCUCCCAGCAACCGGACAUCAUUAUACAGCCAGCGGUGUUGCCCGACCUGGCGAUCGGAGUGCCCGUUAUUGGGGAGCUGCCGCCGCAGAUCGAGCUCAAGGAGAUCGACUAUAUGCCGGGCGAGCUGAUCGGCCAGGGGCGCAGCAUCUAUGAGAACGACAUCGAGAGCAACGGGCUGGGUCUGUCCAACGAUCCGGAUGUCAUUGAGAGCUCCAUUCAGUAUGGCGGCGAUCUGAUUGAUGACGGUGCUGGCGGCGGCUUCGACGGCGUCGAGGGCUCCUAUCCAUUCGAGAGUCCCACACAUCGGCUGCAGCAGCAGGACGCAGAGCAGGCGCAGCACGGACUCAGCCAUCAGUCGAUCAAUCAUGGCUUCAGUCACUUGCAUCGCGAGGAGCUGCCCAUGGCGGAACUGCUCAAUGCCACGCUCCAGCUGCACAAUGAGAGCGUCAAGGGCACAAAGUCGGGCGCGGCCUCUGCCAUGGCGCCGCUGCUGCAUGGCGAGCGCAUGGGCAAUGCCACAGCCCUCUCCGAGGAUCCGCUGGCCAACUACGAUGGCUUCCUGAAUCUCUUUGCCGUUUCGAUGGGUCUCAUCAUAGUCGUGCUGCCCGCCGGACUGCUGACCUCCAUGUAUUGCGCCGUGCGUUAUUUGCUGAACAAGAAUGCGAAUUCAAGUGCCGCUGGCGAUGACAGCGAGCAGGGCCACGGCCAGGACUCUAAGCAUGAGUUUGGCUUCUCCAUUCUGUUCAGCUACAUUGUGCGAGUGUGUGUGUGUGUUUGUACACUGAAAGAAAGAAAUAAAAGCCCUGUGCACUCUGUUACUUUGCAGUCGUCGUCGUCGUCGUCCUCGUCGGUCGCCUCCUUCUCGCCGCCGACAUCGCAGCCGAGCAGUCAACAGGCAGCUGCCGCAAAGGCGAUGCCAAAUCGAAACUCGAGUCCGGAACUGAAUCUCAAUCCGAAUGCAUCGCUCAUUCGUUCCAUGUCGCUGGCGCUGGCCAGCGGGGUGCAGUGCAUUGAGUUUCAAUUUGAGGCGAGCCCCGAUAUUCUGACGCCCCCAUCUACGGGCGCUGCCACGCCCACAAUCUCUGGCGCCGCCUUCACGUUCAGCGGUUCCGUCACAAAGAUGACGCUCAAAGAUAAUCAUCUAAUUGUUGUCACCGAAGAGCGACAUGACAUUUCGCGCAACGCCCGCGAGACGAAGAUGCACACGGACAAGGACGGCGUCUUUGUGGUGGAGGUGGCACGCGGCAUUGACUCGAAACAGCCGCCGGAUAGCCCCGCCGCUGGCGUAGACAUCACGGAGCUGCCCUUCGAUACUAGCAGCAAGCUGUCGGCGCUGGAGGAGCGCAGCCUGCCGCCCAGCCACGAACAGGUCCAGAUCCAUGCACCACCCAGCGAUUUUGCCAAUCAGCCAGCUGCAGUCGGCGUGGGCGCAGCUGUGGGCCUGCAGCUCAUCGAGGAGGAGCAGCUGCUGCCGGAUGAGGAGCAUGACACUGACCGCCAGCAGCCCAUACAGUCCCAAACGGGCCUCUCCCAGUCUGACUUGAGCUCCACCUCUUCGAGCGACUCGAACAAGCGCUACUCCUAUGGCAACCAGGAGCUCUAUGUCAUCGAGCAGCCGGGCUAUGCCAAUGACUCGCCCAUGGUGCUCAUGUCUCAACUGGAAAUUGGAGCUGCCAAUGUGCCAGAGCGAAUGCCGGAGCAGCAGGAGCCACAGGAGCAGCAGGAACAACAGGAGCAGCAGGAGCAACAGGAGCAGCAGGAACAGCAGGAGCGGCAGGAGCAACAGGAUCAACAGAAGCAGCAGGAGCAGCAGGAGCAGCAGGAACAGCAGGAGCAGCAGGAGGAACAGGAGCAGCCGGUGCCAGCACCAGCUGCCUUUGGAAAUGAGAACGAAACAGAGGCUGAGCAGAUAACUGUGAAUGUGGAGGAGGCUAAGGAGCAGCAGGCAAAGGAGGAACCAGAGAACAAUUAUGACAGCUUGAUGAGCCUGCCGGCGCCGCCCUCAACCGAGGAGAUUAAGGAGCUCAACGAUUUUACGCUGAUGGAAUCGAAUCAAUUGGAUUCAUUGCCGCCACCACCGCCACCACUCAGCGAGCCAGCCAUUGGAAAUGGACACCAGCACAACGAGGACGCGGAGGAGGAGGAGGAAGAAGAGCAAGAGGAGCAGAAACAGAAGGAGCUAAAGGAGCAGGAGCCGAAACAGCAGCUGAAGCUAGCCAAUGGCAAAAUUUGCGCACCACCAAACACCGCUGAACACACCAAUGGAACUGGCACCGGGCAGGAGCAACCAUCGACUCUGACGCCGCCGGCCUCGCCCCCCGCCUCGCCCAGCGGUGCGACAUUGUGCGCUGGGAGCCUCGCGAAUGGCAUACAUGCGGUGCCGCAGCCCAUGGCCGUCGAUGUGAAUGGCAGUUAAGAAGAAGACGAAGAAGCAGCAGCAGCAGUCACAAAAUAAUGAAGAAGAAGAAGCAGAAACUGCAAGCAGUGAAAGAAGGUAUGCUAUGCAAGAGUACUCAAUAUAUACUAAUCUCUAAGCUAUUUAGAAACUCGAUCAACGUGGUGUUGUUAUAUUUUUUUUUUUUGCAAGCGGUGGGUGAGGGUCCCCACCCACACACAAACACACAUGUUUGUGCGUGUGUGUCGAAUGGUUAGGCUAGACUAAGCGUUAGGCAUCAUAAAAUAAUCCAAAAAAAAGAAAAGAAAAGAAAAAAAAUUA